UAUGGACCCAAGCUAUAAGGUAUUGGAAAAACUUCCUGAGAUAAUUUCCCAUAUUUUCCAAACAAAAAUAGAAGAGGGUGAUCAGCUACAAAAGAGACAUAAAAAUCCAAAGACAUAUUUCUGUGCUAAAAUUGCUCCAGCUCUACCAAUCAAGAAAUAUUUACUCCACUUGGUUAAACAUCUUGGUACUCCUCCUGCUACUUUAAUUCUGAUGAUGAUUUAUGUUGAGAGAUUGCUCCAGAGUUUGACCCAAGCAUUGGCUUCUACUGGGAACCAGUAUCAAUAUCUUCUGACAUCAAAUAAUGCUCACAGAAUAGUUCUGAGUGCUCUUCUGAUGGCUCAUAAGUACUCUAUUGAUAUGGGCUACCCAUUCAGCUUGCUUUCAAAAAUGGUAGGAGUUUCUUCAGAGGAGUUAAAGAUUCUCGAAUCUGAAUUUUUAGUCUUCAUAAAAUUUGACCUCUAUGUCUCCCCAGAUUUAUACUCUCAAUAUGAAGAAAUAUUUGCAAACUGGCCAGGCCUUACUGAUCAGCAAGAGGAAGAAGUUGAGAUGGAGGUGGAUCAGAACUCUCAAACAACAAUCAGAAAGAAUGAAGAAGCUAAAGAAAUAGAUGAUAUAACACCUGUUUUGAAAAAGUCAGAUCAUAUUCAGACUGACGAAGACCUUGCAAUGAAUAUUUAUGAGAAACAGAAUAUGCCAAACCCAGCAUCUAGACACGAGAAACCAGUUGAUAACAGCCCUUGCCCAUCUAUCCAGAACUCAGAUAUUAGAUCAAGCUUGUACAACGAUGAUCCUGAGUCUGGUAGUGAAGAUGAGGAUACUGAAAUGACUCAGUUCGACUUGAGUGACUUGGGAGAAGAUGAAUACUUUAAUGAUUUCUUCAUCCAGACUUACUAAUCAAUACUCACUAUAGGAUAAUAGGUUCUACUAAGACCUUUCCUUAAUUUUAGAAUAACUGCUCCGUUUGU